AUGCUUAAAUCAACAGCACGGAAGAGGAAGGCGCCUUCUACGGGGCCUUCAGGUCUCCAGAGGCGUGUACGCGCGCGGAAGGAGGAGGUUGACUCCGAGAUUGAUGAGAGUUCCAACCCAUCAGAAAAUGAGGGCUCAGAACGGAGUUCAGAUGAAGAUGAGGAGGACGAAGAGCCCAAAGCCUCACGGUCUUCCAAAUCCAAUCUCGACAUGGCUUCCAUCUCAUUCGGCGCCCUCGCGAAAGCCCAAGCAUCUAUGCCCAAGCGCAGCAAGAAGGAGUCUGCAGAAUCAGAAGAAUCAGAGAUCGAUGACUCCGGAAGCGACUCUGGCAAUGAAAGCAAGUACCGCAAGCGUGGCGGUCUCGCUAAGCGAUCGUCAAAACAUGCACCCACUGAGAUGUCCUCGAAGCGCCCCGUCUCUCGCAAACGCGAGAUUUUCCAGGUGCCCAAGGUCGAGGCCCGCGAUCCCCGCUUCGACCCAGCUGUCAACUCUGGCGGGAGUAACUUUGACGAGGCCAAGGCCAAGAAGGCCUAUGCUUUCCUCGAUGAGUAUCGUGACUCGGAGAUGGCCGAACUCCGAAUGGAGAUUCGCAAGACCAAAGAUGCGGCACAAAAGGAGCGACUACAGACCCUGCUUCAAUCAAUGCAGAAUCGGAAGAAGGCGGCCAAGCGCAAGGAUGACGAGAAGAGGAUCCUUGAGGAGCACAGGCAGCGGGAGAAGGAUCUUGUCCAGCAGGGCAAACAGCCGUUCUAUCUUAAAAAGUCGGAGCAGAAGAAGAGGUUGCUGACGGAGCAGUUCAAGGGCAUGAAGAAGAAACAGGUCAACAAGGUCAUCGAGCGCAAGAGGAAGAAGGUGGCAGCCAAGGAGAAGAUGGAAUUGGACCAGCUGCAAAGACGAUGAGGCGCGGGUGGCAGGUUCAAAUCAGCCAAGAUACGAAAUCUAUAUUCACUUCACAAGCACCGCGUCGUUCCGCCGGUCAUCAUCAUGUUCUUCUCUUAGUUGAAGUUGCCAUGCACACGAACCUUUUGCGAAAUGCCCUGUGUUGAUGAACGACAGGAUGCCACAUAUUCGGGAGGCUCUUGUGUUCGAUAGUCUUGUUGAUAGCAGGAUGCAAGCGCUCUUGUUGGUUGUUUU